CUUCAAUACUCGAUCUGCCAAAAGCUUCCUCUUGCGCCCUUAAACUAAUAUCUCGGUUCUGCUUACUCCAGAGUCAUUACGUGCUUUUGACGCGAUCCAAAAAGAACAUUGACUUUUUCAUUUCCAACCUAAUUUGCUCAACAUGUCUGGAGCGCGACAUUGGUAUUUCUCGCCUCUCCAUCUCUCAAAUUCUUUCCAAAUACUAACGCAUACCACAGGGAGCAAGACAAAGAAGCAACAGUAUAUAUAGGAAACAUCGACGAGCGAGUAAGCGAUAGCCUAGUAUGGGAGCUCAUGCUCCAAGCCGGCCGAAUAGUCAAUGUCCAUCUCCCUAAAGACCGCGUUACUCAAACACACCAAGGUUAUGGAUUCGUGGAAUUCAUCAGUGAGGAGGAUGCCGAGUAUGCUGCGAGGAUCAUGAACCAAGUCAGAUUAUAUGGAAAGCCAAUUCGGGUAAAUAAGGUAUGUUGCGCCCAUAAUUCCAUUUCCCCCCGAGGCAUUUAUUGAUGACAGGAAUAGGCUUCGGCAGAUAAACAGAAAACAGUCGAAGUUGGCGCAGAACUUUUCAUUGGAAAUUUGGAUCCGAUGGUGGAUGAGAAGACGCUCUACGACACAUUCUCGCGAUUUGGCUCACUUAUUUCUCCUCCGAAGAUUGCGCGCGACGAAUCUGGGUUAUCGAAGGGCUACGGAUUCGUUUCUUAUUCCAAUUUCGAAGCUUCAGAUGAUGCGAUUGCAAAUAUGAAUGGUCAGUAUUUGAUGAGUAAGGAUAUCAGCGUACAAUAUGCCUACAAGAAGGACGGAAAGGGAGAAAGACAUGGCGAUGAAGCAGAGAGAAUGCUUGCAAGUCAAGCAAAGAAACACAAUAUCGUUCUCGACGUACCGCAGAUGCCGGCCCAACUUCUUCUUAGUGGAAAUGUACCCAAUGCUCCAGCAGCAAUGCUCGAUCCCCAAAUGGGAGGUCAACAAAUGGGAGGACCACCUCCAGGAGCCAUGCCACCCGGGUUCGGUGGGCGUCCAAAUGGGAAUUACAACUCUGUUCCUCCUCCACAGCAGAGACCAAAUCAACCACUUCCUCCUCCGCCUUCUGGGCUACCUCAAAGACCGCCUCCUUCUCAAGCUGGUUAUGGGGGUCCUCAGGACUUUCAUCCGCCUGGAUUCGUUCCUGGGCAAAUGCCUCCUGGAUUUGGACCACCUCCUGGUCAGAUGCCAGCUGGGUUUGGACCUCCUGGAGGUAUUCCUCCAGGAUUCAUGCCGCCUCCUGGGUAUCCGCCUCAGCAACAGCAACAACAGGGCCCACCUGGAUACAAUAGAAGGUGAUGAAAGCAGACCUAGUUCAAGUAGAUUGAUUGAGGGAUAUCAAAGAUAAAUUGCCAAAAUCUAGAUAUGGCUUUUUAUAGUGGGGAUGACGCCAAAGACA